AUGGUGCAUCCGCUGACGGUCGUGAUCAAGCUCGGCUCUUCGUCGAUUCUCCACCCCGAACCCCCUCACUUCCCUCAAAUCGCUACCCUCUCCGCCCUAGCCGAAACAUGCGUCUCUCUGCGCGCCCUCGGCCACCGCGUCGUCAUCGUCUCGUCCGGCGCCAUCGGAAUGGGCCUGCACAGGAUGGAGUUGCCGGCGUUAGCGCCCGGGAAGAAGCGAGCGAUUGGAGAGAAGCAGGCGCUCGCUGCUAUCGGGCAGGGACGGCUCAUUGCGCUGUGGGACCAGAUCUUCGGCGCCUUGAAGCAGCCUAUUGCGCAGAUCCUGCUGACGAGGAACGACAUUGCCGACCGAUCCCGCUACCUGAACGCCACAACGACUCUCAGCACCCUCCUUUCUCUCGGUGUGAUUCCCAUCAUCAACGAGAACGACACCGUCUCCGUCUCCGAGAUCCUGCACGUCAACAAGUUUGGCGACAACGAUACUCUUUCGGCCAUCGCAGCGGGCAUGUGCGGCGCCGACUACCUUUUCUUGAUGACGGAUGUCGAUGGGCUUUAUGAGGACAAUCCGAGGCGGGUGCCGGGUGCGAGGAGGGUUGCGAAGGUGCGGGAUAUCGAGGAGGUGCGGAGACUAGUCAGCACAUCGACACUCGGCUCGUCUCUCGGUACCGGAGGAAUGGAGACGAAGCUGAUUGCAGCAGAACUUGCGACUGCCGCCGGCUGCGCAACAGUCAUCACGAUGGGCUCGAUGCCGACCCGCAUCCUCACUAUCGUGCAAGGCCACCACGCCCGAACCGCUCCCCCCUCUCCCACCUCAUCCUCGACAGCCUCCCUCCAGCCCAUCUCCGAGAUCUCCGCCACUCCUGCCGCAACACACGUAUCGCACCGUCCGGGCGUCGAGUUUGCCUCUCCUACCGACGACUCUGUUCCCCCUCACACUCUCUUCAUGCCGAAAACCUCGCCUCUCUCGUCCCGCCGAUUCUGGAUUCUGCACGGCCUCACACCUCGAGGAACAGUCUUUGUCGACGAAGGCGCCUACCGCGCCAUCACCCGCGGCGAGCGAGACGGCGGAGGAGGCGGGAACGGAGGACGGUUGCUCGCUGCGGGUGUCUUGCGGGUCGAGGGAACGUUCGCGGCGGGACAGGCUGUGCGAGUGUGCGUCGUACUCAAGAAGGGAGCGAACAAGGAGCGUGGGCGGAGCGCGUCGAGGAAGGAUGGGCGGGUACCGAGUCGUGCGCGGAGUCCGGAUCAUUUCGCGGACCGGUCAUCAGAGCGGGAAGAGAAGGAGCGGGAGCUCGCGCGGGCAGCGGAGGGGUUGAGUCUCAGCGAUGCGGCGGCAGCGGAAAAGGUGCAGAAGGAGGAGGAGGACGAGAUUAUCGAAUUCGGCCGGGGCUUGACCAACUACAACUCGGUCGAGAUUGACCGCGUCAAGGGUCUGCGGAGUUCCGACAUCGAGAAGGUUAUCGGCUAUUUCGAAGCGGAACACGUCGUCGAGUCGAUCUGCGAGGUGCGGCGAACGUCAUAG